UUCCCUAUCCCCAGCCCCAGCCCCAACUCUAGUCUCAACUCUAACUUCGACUCCAGCAUCAGCCCCAAGCCCAGUCCCAGAAAGGAGGUCAAGGGCUGUGUCUUGGGAGCCCAAUGGGGGUCUCUCCAAGGGCUAUCAGGAAGGGCAGAUCUUAACCAGUUGGGGAAACCUGAUUGCCAUGGUUCUUAGAAACCAUCCCUUGCCCAGGAAGGAGAGGCCCCAAACAAGUGUUCCGAGGGCAGCUCCUGCAAACUCUUCGGAUCCCAGCACUCCCACACGCUCUGAGGACAGAUGCUCUGGUUCCCAUUUGGAAGAGGCUGUCCCCAGCCUCCAGGACAGGCACAGCGCUUCUUCGGGGACAGCCAUGCAGGCAGGCACAGGGGGCCUGGCCAAGGCUGGAUGUCAGCCACAGCCAAUGAGCUUCAAGAUCAAUGGGGGCCCCAGCCCUGCCCCACUUCCAGGUUCAGGAGGAGAUGGAAGCAAAGAGAAACAUGUGGACAUGCUGCCCCCAGCUGCAAUGCCAAGGGCUCUCUCACAGCCAGCUGUGCAGGUGCAGCCUGGCCCUAAACCAUGCUCCACUGCGAGGCAGGACUCCCAGCUUAUCCCUGGGCCCAGGAAACGCAGCAUGUGUGAGAUGGCACAGAGCUUGGAGCAGGUGGUCAGCCAGGCAGCCCUGGGGCAGCAUCAGGUACAGGUGCCAGGGGACAGAUCAGGCAACAGGGAAUUCCUCACAGAGAAGCAGAAAGAGGCCCAGAAACUUACGGUUUUCCUGCAGAGGCCUGGGAGCUGGGGGGUGGUUGAGGGACCCCAGAAUCCCCACUCUCAAGCCUUGGAGUCUACCACAGCCAUGGCUCUGUGGCCCCAGCGGCUAGACCUGGGCAGCUGCUUGGAGGUGCUGGCCUUUGCCCAGAAGCAUGGGGAGCCUGGCCUGGCCCAGGAGACCUAUGCCUUGAUGAGCAGCAAUCUGCUGCGUGUGCUGGGUGACCCGCACCUCUACCGGCAGCUGAGUGGGGCUCAGCGGGAGCGUAUCCUGAGCCUGCGGACCAGCCAGGGUCAGGCAGUGCUGGGGGUCCUUGUGCUGCCUAGCCUCUACCAAGUGGGCCACUCAGGGCUGGUGAGGGGUUCUCGUGAAGAAGAGGCCCCUUUGACCUGGCCAGCACCCGUGUCUGCUCGCACACACCUGCACGUGUUCAACCCCCAAGAGAACAUGUGGUGGCCCCUGACCCAAGUGCCUGAGGAGGCCCCACUCCGGGGCUGUGGCCUCUGUACCAUGCACAAUUACUUAUUCCUGGCGGGUGGCAUCCGUGGCUCUGGAGCAAAGGCUGUCUGUUCCAACGAGGUCUUCUGCUACAACCCUCUGACCAACAUCUGGAGCCAGGUUAGGCCCAUGCAGCAGGCCCGAGCCCAGCUCAAGCUGGUGGCCGUGGACGGGCUGCUUUAUGCUAUUGGAGGUGAGUGCCUAUACAGCAUGGAGCGAUAUGACCCACGCACAGAUGCCUGGACCUCACGGGCACCCCUUCCUGAGGGCACCUUCCCUGUGGCCCAUGAGGCUGUGGCCUGCCGUGGGGACAUCUAUGUCACGGGAGGUCACCUCUUCUACCGUCUGCUCAGAUACAGCCCUGUGAAAGAUUCAUGGGAGGAGUGCCCCUACAGUGCCAGCCACCGGCGCUCCAGUGACAUGGUGGCCCUGGGGGGUUUCCUCUACCGCUUUGACCUGCUGCGGGGCGUGGGUGCCGCCGUGAUGCGCUACAACACAGUGACAGGCUCCUGGAGCCGAGCUGCCUCACUGCCACUGCCGGACUCUGCCCCACUGCGCUGUGCUGUGCUGGACAACACCAUUUACUGCCUCAACCACCAGGUCACGGCCACCUUCACAGUCUCUGAGGGGACCGCUCAGUUCCAGGCCAAGGGACUGCAGCCCUUUCCCCUGGGGAGUAAAGGGGCCCUGUGUCCCUUCAUGCUGACUCUGCCCCCCGAAGCCUGGUUGCAGACCUCUCUCUGAGCGCUGGCAGAGAUCCAGGGCAGAGGUGGCUGUCCAGGGAGACCCUCCAUCCCGGUGGGUCUGCGGGACAUGGGCCAUGGGGGAAGCUGGGACAGAACUUCCUACGACACCUCUCCCUCUCUGCCUAAAAGCUCUCAUCUGUUUCUGGAGUGAGAUACCUUCUGCCUCCCUACCCCAAGCCAGGCUCCAUGUCGCCUCCUUGCCCACCAACACCCCGGUC